AUGAAUACCUUUACAACGAGAAAGGCACAGGAAGCGCCCGACUGGGAAGAGGUUGUUAGAGUUAAUCACGAUCGCACUCAGCAGCAGCUUUCCCUCCCGCCUGCCCUGAUUAGUGAACUGCAAGAACAAUGGUUAGAGCUAGCUCGCUUCCAUAUAGAAAGACUGCGGAAGGAAAUACAGAAGAAGGAGCAGAAAAUUGCGAAUUUAGAAAAGGAAAACACUAGGUUGCGAUUGCAAAUUGAAAACCCUGCAGAGAAAAACCCGAAAAAAAUCAAGGUUUCGCCAAAGGAAUGUCGAAAGAUCUGGCGAUACUAA